AUGCGCAUGACAGCUGCUAGUACAACUAGACUUACCAAUAAUAACGGAUUGUCUGAUAAAAUAUUAAUUAGUGAUUAUCAUUUAAGUGAACCGAUCACUGUGGAUACACAAUCAUCUAUGGACGUGGAUUCAUGUGGAACAACAACACAAUGGGAUACAUCGUCUGCCUCGAAUAGUCAGUCAACUUUGCAUAAUGAUCAAAUCAGCAUGAACAGAAAUGAUUUAAGUGUGAAUGUAACGGCGUUGAAUACUACUACCACAGCUAACAAUAUUAAUAAUAAUAACAGUAAUACAUCGAACACUACUCACAGAAUGAACACAUCACUAUCCUACAUACCACCAGGAUUAAUAUCUGUGUUAAAUGAAUCGAACUGUCUAACUGUUUGCGCUAUUGGACAUUUUUCAAUCGGUCAUACUUGGGGACCGUAUCUUAUUCAUAUUGGUUCAGAACUUAGACAAAAGUUGACAGCAUUUUCAACAGAAUUGGAUCCUGACUUUUUAAUUACGUUAUCUGUAAAAAGUAAAGACGCUAAUUAUGAAAAUGUAAAUAGUUUAAUUGUCGGAGAAGAACACACCUGGAUUAGAGUUAUCCAUGAAACUGGACUUCGUUCUGAAAAAAAUGAAUACAAUCUGGAUAUUUUAGUAGAUCCCAUUUUAAAAACAAUCACGUUACAAGUCAAAUCAGAUAUUAAUCCACAAGACUCAUUGAUAGGUGUAGUACGCAUUGUAUCAGGCAAUCACAAAGUAUCUGAUCAAAUUACAAUGUCCAGUUGUCACUCGUCUACUCUAUUUAGUAGUACAAAGUCAAUGGCAUCUUCAACUCCACCAUCGCUGUCAGCUAACACAACAUCUACUGGACCAAGAAGAGAUAAAAAGUGUACACAUUGUGGAAUAUCCUUUUCGAAUAUGGAUACUUUAAAUGCGCAUAUGACACAUUACUGUUCUAGAAGACCUGGAUUAAUUUCAUCCAAUACAGCAACAGCAACAACAGCAACAACAACUAUUAUUCAACCGUCAACAUCAGUGACUAUCACGUCUGCUGAAGCUUCGACAAAUAACAAAACUCCAGUUAAUAAAUUUAGUCAAAAUUCUACAAGUACUCAACGACAAAAUUCAUCACAGUCUUCUGGAGGCAUUUCAGGAAACUUCAAUUCUAAUAUCAAUUCAUGCAAUCCAGUUCCUACUGUCAGAUACUCAACCGUCGAAGAAAAUGGUAUUUCAGGAUUGAAUUCAUUAACACCAAUCCCUGAAAUAUCGACAUACGAUUCAGUACAAAUGAAUAAUUUAAUUAAUCCUACCCUAUUAAACUUAUUUGGAGUAAAUAAUGGCAGUGAUAUUUCACAAAUUUUUCAAAAUCCCAUAGCCUCCUUUAUGCUUCCUAUGUUAUCUCGUCUUAUUCCACCACUCCCACCCCCACCACAACCUACUACUCCUAAUGCAACAGGGGAUCCUCCCAAUCAAUCUAACACUAAUGCCUUAUCUCCUACACUGUUAACUUCCAUGAAACGUCCAUCUUUAGCACCAGAGAAACUGAAAAGCAAUCAUUCAUCUGAUGCUUCAUCAUCAUCAUCAUCAAAUAAUUUCUGUGAAACUCGUGUUAGUCCAACUCAAACCAUUGCACAUAUUAAUCAAAAUAGUAACGCUGAUAGAAAUUUAACUGACCAACACACACCGAAGGUUCUGUUUUGUCCUAACUGUCAACAGCUGUACACAUCUCAGUAUCUUUCAACAAUGACCUCGAAAGCAAGUGUUGAUAAUAUUUCACGUCAAAAUGAAACAAUAUGGAAUUUAUCCCAACUGUCAGAAGCUGCCCAUCGAUUUGGGCUUAUUUUAGCUGCACCACUGGUCACUGCAAACGGUUUACAGUAUAUUCCUGUGAAUUUAUCUUCCAAGCUUACUAAUCGGUCUAGCACAGAAAAACAGCACCCUCAACCAAUAAAUAAGAAGAGACAGUCUACCACACCGAAUCCAUCAUGUGAAAUUACCAAUGAUUCAUUGAAUUCUGUCAAUAUUACUUCCCCUUCCCUUUCUUCUUCUUCUUCAGUAUCUUCUUCUCUGAUAAAUCCUCCCGGUAACAAGCCUCGGGAUGCUCCAAUGUCUAGGUUAAAUACUCCUAACAUUUUAGAUUUGUCUAUCAACCCGCAUAACCCUCAACUAUUGAAUUCCCUCGCUCUGUAUAAUGCUAUCAAUGAAUUCAGAGAUGUUCAACACCAGGAACAAUCAGAUCCAAGUUAUUUAUUUUCCCCACAGUUAGUUCCACCAGGGAAAAGAGAUAUUCCGGAUGCGAUGAAGGAUUCCAGUCAUUAUGCUAAUCGAAGCCAUCAUCAUCAUCAGCAUCAUUUGUCUAACAUGAAUUCAUCACAGAAACUCCUUGGAAAUACAGAAGAUACACGUGCUAAUCGUUUGCCUAUAUCGAAUAAUCAAAAGUCAAAUGGGGAUAGUCCAGCGCCUACAGAAAUGAGCUUACUUCAAGCCUUUUCUAAUAUUCUAUCUUAUACAAAUGAUUUGCUGUCUAACUCACAGUCUAUACCAUUCCAUUUAAUAUUAAUCAAUUAUUACUCAUGUUGUAUGCAUCGUUAG